AGUCAAUAUCAACGAAGACAAAUGAGUUCAUUAAAAAAUGCUCAACAAGGAACAAUAAUUAUAAUUAUUUUGUCUAUUCUUCUUUAUUGUCAAAUGAUUUAUUGUUAUGAUAUAAAUAUUAUUUCAGCACCAUUACCAUGUUAUGGUAAAAAUGUAAUAUGUCGUCUUUUAACUGAUUUAACAUAUGCUAUAAUAACAAUAUUAUGUCCAUUAUUAAUUAUGUUUAUAUUUGGUUUAAUAACAAUAUCAAAUAUACGUCAAAUAGGUUUAAAUAGAUCAUUAAAAAGAAAAUUAAUUAUGAUAAAUGAAAAUAAUGAAAAACAAUUAAAAUUAAUAAAUAUUCAACAACAAAGAAAAAAACGAAUCGAUCGUUAUUUACGUCAUGUACUUUUUAUUCAAAUUAUAUUUCUAUCUAUUUUAACAAUACCACAAGCAAUUGAAAAAGUCUAUACAACAUUAGCAAUGAAUACAAGAAAAUCAUUGUUACAUAUAACUGUUAACAAAUUUAUUUAUAACUUUGUCUUACUUCUUACUUAUCUGGCUAGUGGAAUGCCAUUUUAUAUAUAUACAUUAAGUGGUGGAAGUUUAUUUAGAACUACUUUAAGAAAUUUAUUCCGAUCGAUAUCUAUAAAUAAUUAA